GAUGGCAGUCAUGCCGCUUGAGCCGUGAUAGUAUGGAAUCGUAGGAGUACAAGUUUUAGGUGUGUCUUUCUAAAUAUCGAACUAGAAUGCCUCCCGAUUUUUUAAUUAAAUCCCUAUUCGAACGUUCUGACAAUGUGAAACAUCGUGCUCGCGUUUUGUACGUUAGAUUUAGGUAACGUUUGUGCCGGAACAUAUGUAAUAAAACGGUGAUCGAAAUUUGUGUUCAGAGUGUCGUGUACGAUAAAUAUUCUGUUUUGAUGGUAAAUUAAAAUGUGGAAUAUGAUGUGCGACGUGAUGCCCACGAUAUCUGAGGACAGUAUCAGCCAGAGGAGUUCGCAAUUGUCUGGUGAAGAUGCCAACUUCGAACAGCUUAUGGUUUCGAUGUUGGAUGAGAGGGACAAACUGGUGGAAAGUCUCCGGGAGACACAGGAGCGUCUGGGAGAUUCGGAACUGCGUCUCAAGGAAGUGGAGAAGGAACGAGAUUCCCUGCACAGGCAGAUCGCUGCCAAUUUGCCUCAGGAGUUUGCGACCCUCACGAAGGAGUUGAACCAGGCCCGGGAACAGCUGUUGGAAAGAGAAGAGGAGAUAUCCGAGCUCAAAGCGGAAAGAAACAAUACCAGGCUUCUCCUAGAGCAUCUAGAAUGUCUGGUGUCGCGCCACGAGCGGUCACUGCGCAUGACCGUGGUGAAACGCCAGGCGGCCGCGCAGUCCGGGGUCUCCUCCGAAGUAGAGGUCCUGAAGGCGCUGAAGAGCCUUUUCGAGCAUCACAAAGCUCUGGACGAGAAGGUCCGGGAGCGGUUACGUGUAGCGUUAGAGAGGAACACGGCGUUGGAAGAAGAAUUAGCGCUUACCAAAGAAGAAUUACAGCAGUACAAAUCGUCCGGGCCGGAGGGCGACAAGCCGAAGGAGAACGGCACCGUGUCCACGGGGUCGCCGGAGCAGAACGGCGAGCAACAACAGCCUAAGGAGAGUACUUGUAACGGCGACACGGACAGCAAGAGAGUCACAGAACUACAUAACACGAUCGCCAAACAGUCAGCAGAACUCAGCUCGUGGCAACGAAGAGUCGCCGAGCUGAACAACAAGGUGUCAGAGCUGGAAGAGAGACUCGGCAAGGGAGAGAAGGAGUUGGCGAAGAAGCAGGACGAGUGCGCGAAACUGCAGAGAGAUCUGAGAGAGAACGUCGCCCAGAAGGAGGAUCAGGAGGAGCGGAUAGCGACCCUAGAAAAGAGAUACCUGAAUGCGCAGAGGGAAUCCACCUCGCUGCACGACCUCAACGAGAAACUGGAACAGGAGUUGCAGCACAAACAGGCCCAACUCAAGUUGCAAGAGGAGAAGAUUGCGGCCAUUGAAGAGAAGUUGGAACUGUCCAUGCAGAAAUUGGCGCAGAUGUCGUCUCUGCCAGAGAUGGAGGAGCAGUUGAAGGCCAGAAUGGAGGCCCUGAACCAGGUGGGUGGCAAGGACGCGCAGGAGCGGCACGGCUCGGCCGAGGACCGCAUCCAGCGGCUGGAGGCCAGCGUGGACGACAAGAACGCCGAGCUGCUGCGCCUCAACCAGCGCCUGCGCAUGAACGAGGAGCACAACACCCGGCUGUCCGCCACCGUUGACAAGCUGCUUUCAGAGAGCAAUGACAGAUUACAAGUUCACCUUAAAGAACGGAUGCACGCUCUAGACGAGAAGAACGCGUUGACCCAAGAAUUGGAGAAGACGAGGAAGUACGCGGAGGAGCUGAUGGCCGAGAAACAGGAGAUCCUCAAGGAGUUGGCCAAGUGGAGAAUGGAGACUGAACAGUUAAAACGACAGAUGUUGGAACAAGAAAUCGCUUUCAACAUUCAGCAAACGGAUGCGUUGACGCGAUCGCUAUCGCCGGCCGCUCACCAACCGGCUAACGUCGGCCUAUUCCAGCCCAAACUGGACGGCUCGUGGGAGAAACUGCAGCAAGCCCAUGUGCUUGCCAACGUGCAACAAUCUUUCGACGUUUCCAGCGAUGCCGAGGGAGAAGAGUCGGAAGGCGGCGUAGAGGGCGGUCACACGGACGCGGCUGCCUUAGCUCUGAUGCUGCAGGAACAGCUGGACGCCAUCAACACGGAGAUCAGGCUCAUACAGGAGGAGAAACAGAGCACUGAAGCCCGCGCCGAGGAGCUGGAGUCCAGGGUGGGUAGCUACGAGCACAUGAACGUGGUGCCUCGGCGGGGCUCCCCCCCGCUCUCCCCGCCGCGCCACCCCCUCCACUCGCUGAUGCCCCACCAGCAGCACCCCCCGCAACCACACCACGUACAACAUGCUCAACACCAUCACAAGUAUCAUACGCUACAGCUGUGCGAGGAGGGCGUGGCGGGCGCGGGGGGCGGCGAGGGCGCGGAGUCCCCGCUCACGGCGCGCUCGCUGCGGCUGGAGCGGGCGGCGCGCGCGCUGCACGCCGAGCGCGACCGCCUGCGCACGCACUACCAGCCGCACGUGGACGACAGUUCAUCCCAGGAGUCUCUGGGCGCGUUGGGGUCCCUCGGGUCAGGGUACGGAGGCGCCUCCCCAGGUCUUCCUCGCGGCGUGACUUCGGCAGCUUCCGCCGUCUCCAUAGCGUCAAUGCAUCAGCAGAAGAAGAGGGGAAUCAAGAGUUCCCUGGGAAGGUUCUUUAGCAAAAAGGAGAAAGCUGGAAUGCCUCUCCAGCCAGGCGGCUCCCGUUCCUUAUCAUCGGCGUCCAGUCUCGGACUGUCUUCUCUAGCAGACGACACCACCCCCACGGAUAACACGAGCACACCACACGGCCCCCACCAUCCUCUGCAGCAUCAGGAUUACGCCAGAACUAAGACCAAAGAGCGCGACUACCGCCACGAGCUGCUGGGCGAGGCGAUGCGCGCGGGCACGCCGUUCGCGCUGUGGAACGGGCCCACCGUGGUGGCGUGGCUGGAGCUGUGGGUGGGCAUGCCCGCCUGGUACGUGGCGGCGUGCCGCGCCAACGUCAAGAGCGGCGCCAUCAUGUCGGCGCUGUCCGACCAGGAGAUCCAGCGGGAGAUCGGCAUCAGCAACCCCCUGCACCGGCUGAAGUUGCGGCUGGCGAUCCAGGAGAUGGUGUCUCUGACAUCCCCGUCGGCGCCGCGCGGCACCGCCUGCGCCGCGCUCGCCUUCGGGGAUAUGAACCACGAGUGGAUCGGCAACGUGUGGCUGCCUUCACUCGGUCUACCGCAAUACAGGACGACGUUCAUGGAGUGUCUGGUGGACGCGAGAAUGCUGGAGCAUCUCACGAAGAGGGACCUACGCACUCAGCUCAAAAUGGUCGACAGUUUCCACAGAACGUCGCUCCACUUCGGCGUGGCGUGCCUGAAGCGCGUGGGCUACAGCGUGCGCGUGCUGGAGGAGCGGCGGCGCGCGGCCGAGCUGUGCGCGCGCGACGUGCUCGUGUGGACCAACGAGCGGCUGCAGCGCUGGCUCGCCGCCAUCAACCUCAAGGAAUACGCGAACAAUCUAGUGGAGAGCGGGGUGCACGGCGCCCUGAUAGCGUUAGACGACAAUUUCGACGCGAACAGUAUGGCGUUAGCGUUGCAGAUACCAACGCAAAAUACGCAGGCGCGUCAAAUCUUGGAGGUAGAGUUCAGCAACUUGCUGGCAAGUGGCACAGAGCGUGCAGCCCGCGCCGCCUCGCAUCUCGACCACUCCACCUCCUGACACAACACGCUCAACUAACUGCGCUCUGUGCACCCACAAAGCCAAGUCAUGUAAUACUGGGGUCAGCAGUGGGGUCGCUGAUAUACUUGGGGACAGUAGGGGGAUCCCCGAUGUUGAAGUCCGCCAAUACAGCGACUUUUGUUUAGUGACAUUAAUAACAAUAUCGGUUUGUAAUUUGGAGAAAUCUGGAGCAAGGAAGUUAGUUGGGAGGAAUGGUGUCGUUGUAAUUUGUAUAAAAACGGGAGAUAAAUAAUUUUACAUUUUAGAUAAACUGCCAGUAAUUGGGAAUAUGUUAUUCCGCCAUUAGUUUAGAGAUAGCUAUUAAAAUAAAUUAUUCAAUAAUGUAUGUUACUAACAGCUGUCAAAACAAGUUUUUGUUAGUGACUGGAAAUAUAACCCUUAUUUUCAAAAUUAUCUCUUCCCCGGAAGCAGACACAAGACAUUUCAUUACUAUACAAGAACUUAUUUGAUUGAUGAAUCAAUAUACCCAAUAAAUUGAUCAAAGUUUUUCCUGAAAUGUUACUACUCCUAGAUCCAAAAUCGUAGUUUGUUACAGCCUCGAGAUUUCCCCAAAUUUAGGCAAAUGUAAUUCACCAUAUAAUAUAACGUCUGCGCAGAUUUAAUCGUCUUCUAACUUUGAACAUGGCAAACACUAACAAUAACCUCAAAUUUUAACAAAAUAGCUAGUACAAAUUUCACAUAUACCUACACAAAACAGAACUCAUUUUAGUUUUUCUCUUUAUCAGUGUUGCCAUGUUCAGAAGAAGUGUUGUUAUAACAAUAAGUUUCCACUGUGUAUAUUAACUUAAAUUAACAGUAGUUAAAGUCGCUUGAUAUAACUAUACGAUACGAAAUACAAAGUGCUCUGAUACGGUAGGUUUACUAUGUACUUAAUGUGUACUCCAUAUUUAUUAUCAUUAUAGGUAUACGUGCGGUGCGUGCUUGUCGGAAAAUUAUACAAAAUAUACAGCAAAUGAAACCAUUGGUUAUCGUUGGCAACACUGUCAUAAGGAAUAAGUUUUUUUACUACAUUCUCUAAAUUAAAUAUAACUAUGGCGUACUUAUUUUUUUUUCUCAAUACAUAGGAAUUAUGUAAUGUUUUUACCUUAUUGUAUUUUUGAUUACAUUUAGUUUUUUUUAUUAUUUUUCGAUAAGCACGGCCGCAUUCAACAUUGUCAUACUCUGAUGCCAAAUAUUAGUUAAAAUCAACUAAUAUGUUUAGGGCAAUACACCAUUGCUACGAAUAAUUUGCAGUAUUCUUAAUAAAAUACGCAAGAUAUAUGAGAAUACUCAUAUACAAACUAUAACUGAUUAAACCAGUAUAUUUUACGUCUAUAUAAUUUAUGUAUUGGUUCAAAUUCCUAAUUAAAAAUGUUUCAUUCGUUACGGACUUGACAUUUCUCGCUGUAAUGUAACAUCUUUUCUACCUGUGUUUCUGCAAUAAAGAGAUUUGUAUUUGUCGCUUUAAGUUGGACACAAAUUACAUUGAGAUAACUCUUUUAAGAUGUCUAAUUACAUUUAUUUGAACGCAGUUAUUUGUAGCAAUGACCAAUCAUAGUGUACUAUGUUGCGACAAAGUGUUUUAUCAUAAUCCAAAAGAAAUGUAGGAAAAGUGAUAGGAAGUCUCGAAAUCGGAUCCGAUUAUCAAAAUACGGAUUUCGAACGCCUAAAUAAGUAUGUUACUAGACGGGAAAGAUGUCAGUCUGUCUGUCAAGUGCCUCUUUGAGGUGUGUAUAUAUAUAGCUUAAUAUAGGCUGCUCCUAGCAGGUUUAUUUCGCGCUACGCCAUACCUCAAUAUGACGUGUGACCAGGUAUAAUAGACGCUUUGGUCAAUUUACGAAUCAAAAUGGAGGGUAGUUAUGUCUUGUUAUCUGUUUUGCUGUAUCUCUCAACGUCCAUUUAAUUAUUUUGAGCGGAUUGGUUGAUAGUGACUAUUUCAGAUUAAAUUUUCUUACAAUUCAAGUAAUGUACUGUAAAAAUAUAUGUGAAUUUAGGCUUCUUUUUCUAAUACGUCAUUGUGAGAAAUAUUCAACUACCCUCAAAUUUCAUGCAUCUUGUCAAGUCUUUAACCCUAAUGACUUGAGCCUUCCUUAGCAUUGUACCAUUUAUUUAUUUUUUCAUUCCUCUUUAUAUCAAAAGAUUGAUUUCAAAGUGUUCGUUGCGACGCGCAAGCAAAACGGUAGACAGAUCCAACGGCGCUCUCAAAAUAGCGGCUAUAUGCUUAAUAUGCUUGUAAUCUGUAUGCGAACUGGCAUACAAGGGCACACACACUAGUCUUAUGUACAGUGUUAAUGUUGUUUUAUAAUCUUCUAUUUUAUUAACUACAUUGUAAUAGUUAAAUAGCGAACAUCAACUGAGACGUAGCUAGGUAUAUUUUUGUUAAAUGCGUAUACAUAUAAAAUUCCGAUCUAAAAUGACCCGUCAGUUAGCCAUCUACUUCUCAUCGUAUCAAUAAGACAAGGAUGGAUGUAUAAUCUUCGUGUGACAGGUCAUUUUCGUUCGGAACGAAAUAUACAAGUGUGCGGGAGAUAGUAGCGUUAGUUACACGUUCGGCCGCAAAAUGGCGGACGAUUAAUUGGCGCUGCAGUAUCUCAUAGACGUCGCUGGGUAAACGAUUUUUUUUCUAUAACGAACAAAUAUUUUUAAGACACUCAAAUCACAAAUAGAUCGUGUUAUAGAUAACUUGAUAUUUCCGAUUCAUAAUGUUAUGAUCUUUGUUAUUGUAAGUAGUAACUCGUAUAUUUUAAGUUUUCCAUAGAAAUAUCAACAUUUAUGCCGCGAAUGACGUUGUAAAGAAAUAAUGAAUAGUAUCGUUUGCCGAGCGACCCGCCACAUCUAUAGUUAUGAGAUAAAAUUUAAAAUUGUAUAGCUAAACGAUUUUAUUUGGUGAAAUCUAUCAGUAGCGAAUAUCUAUAUUGUAAAUAUAAUUUCUAUACUUAUAAUAGCGUUUUUAUCAUGUAGUAACCGAAUGUAGCAAUAUUUAGCUAGGAUGUGUUCAGAUGACUUAGAAGUUUUUUUUAUAUAAUUUUUAAUGCUUUAUUUAUUAAACUAGAAAUUAAGUUAUUAUUUAAAUGUAAUAACGUCGAAGCUAUAUGAAAUUUUUGGAUUGGUUAUGGAGAAUAUUACCUCAUAAUCGUGUAUACUGUUGUCGUGUAAUAUUAAAAGUGUUUUUACUCUGAAAAUGAAGGGCUGCUAAUGUAAUGAUUAUGGUUUCAAGUAUAUGUAAUUACGAGUAUAUAUAUAUAUAGUAUAUUUGAGUAACAGUAUUAAUAAAAAUUAGGCGAAUAAACGUGUGGCCACCGGUGUGAUUGUAAUUUAUUGUAAUUUCAAUCCUAUUCACGGACUUAUUUAAUGUUGAAGCCUCUAUUAUAAAUAUAAGAACAUAAAUUACCUCGAUAAACGUUCAAUUGACAAAUAAAUAAAUUAAUGUGAGAUCUGACGCUGCGGCGACAUUCCGUCCUGCUCGCACGCUGUCUCACUCACACGCCCGAUCGUAGCCGAAGUUCGGCGAUGUUGCCCGAACGAAGCAAUUUAUGAAAACAGUAUUACAACCUCAGGUAAUUUAAUCUUAUGAAAUUCGCUAGCAUUAUUAUAAAAAUUUACAUAGAUUUUUUUAAAGAUAAAUAAGUCCUUGCAUAGGGUUUAACAAGUAGCUGACCGACCGAUUUUGUAUUCGAUUAAUCGAUUCGAUGUAUUUAUUGUACGUUGUGGCUAUCGUCGAGGUAUCGGGAGCUAACGUGAGACGACAUUAGGUACCCUCAAUAUUAUAAUUCAAAUCACUAAUCAUAUGUCAAACGUACAGAUAUAUCAUGUAGUUGGAUCGGUAAUGUGAAAGGGACAGAAUAAUCGAUUGUUAAUCGUGACAUAGUUUAACGAGAUCAUUGUUCAUGCUGUAUAGUUUUGGCAUCAGUUCUAGAAAAAAAAAGUAAAUAAAUAAAAUUAUUCACAAUAAAAUUUAACAUUUUGGUUUUUAUAUUAAAAAUUCAAAGUAUGAAUCAUUCUCAUAUUAAAUGUAUUGGUUUGGACCAAUAGAAAAAGUACCAAAAGACAGCUAUAUAAAAUAUUUCGAGGUCAACCUCGAAGUAUUUUAUAUAGCUGUCUUUUGGUAUCAGUAUCAACAAGACAAUGAUGGCAAUACAUUGUCCGUAUGACGGCGUGUUUCGGAUUCGGAUGGAAUAUAUAUAGACAGGCGUCAAAUAAGCCGGUAGAUUAUCGGAAAUAGGCGAACAGGAGUAGACAUGAUAUCUUAUUUGUAGACAUUUCCUGGAGGACAUGUUUUUUGUUAUUUGUCCUCGUGUCAUUUAUGAUUAGGCAACAAAAUUCUGUAACUAAAUAAAUUACACCAAAGAAACAUAACAUACAAUUUUGGUGACAUGUCAUCUAAACGUAUAAUUUGAUUAUAAAUUCUUACCUUUAUAAAAUUAAAGAAAUAGCGGUAACUGUACAGAAGAGUAUAGCAACACUUAAAGAUUGCAUCCUGUUGCACUCCGGUCGCCAUUUUUCCCGAAAUGUGCUAUAGAUUUUGUAUCGCCGGCUAGCCGCCUUGCGCCUCGCGUAAAUAUCAUUCAUACACAUCAAUUGUUUCAUUGUGAACUAAAUUAUAUAAGUAUAGCGUCUAUAUACAUAUUAUAUAAAUCAAGUGUACGCCGUGAAUUUUUUGUCAUCCGAAUAUUUGCAAUAUUUUAUUUCACGAUAAUUAGUUUUUUCACUUUGCCUAAUCUAAAGAUAUCUACAAAGAUAAAUGGUUUGAAACGGCCUCAUUUUUGCAUAUCUAGAAUAUUCUUUACUUAAAAUUUUGAAUUCAAUUUAAAAAAUAUACUUCAGCCAUCUUAGUCUGUGUCGCCUGAGCGAGAAAGAGAUGGCACAAUAUCUUUCGACGUUUCCAUGCAUUUCGGGUGAUGAAAAAUUGACGAUGUAUAUUUACGAGACAGUUAUUUAGUUACUCGAUAGCGUAGCGUGCGUUCGCCGCCGGCGCAUGUCCGUACCACAACCUCCAUAAGUGCCAAUUGUCGACAGUUGCUUAGGGCCGGCGCGGGGCGAGGGAAACGAAACGACUGUUAUUUGAUAAUAUUGAAAAAAAAACGCUUAAUAGCUGUUAAAAAAAAGUUCACGACCUAUUUAUGGUUCCAUGCUAUAAUCAGAUAUAUAACGACUAUUAUUAACGUUAUAUCAAUAGUUUUUUUAAUAAUAUUCAUGAUAAUUCUGUAUCAAUGAAUAAUUAAAUUGAUUAUACAAAAAAGACAGCGUGUCAUCUAAAACUAGUAUUUUCAUACAAAUACUGUUUCCAAAUGCAUGGGACAUCUUAUUUAUUGAGCUCCACUUUAAAAAGAAUAGUUUAUAAAAAGCUAUAGAAGUUGGAUAAAAAGCCUAGAAUUAUAUUAAUAACGUCACUUCGCAUCCCUUGUCCGCGCCAAACCUACAUCAGAAGCGCCUGCCGAGAUAACUAGAAUAAUUUUAUAUCGGAACAUUCCAGAUGACGUCACGCGGUCGCGUCCCAGUGGCUCGCGCUACCAAAGAGUAAAGUUACCUUCACGUUAAGAAGUUUAAAUGUAAAAUAUAUCGUUAGUGAAAUUUCGAAUGUGUAUAUAAUUUUGCAUAAAAGUGUUUGCAUAGCUUCAUUAGGGAGUAUAUAACGGUUUGUACGAUCCCAGUGUCAGAUUUGUCGGUUGAGACUCAACAUUCCAGCUUCUUGUCAAUCAGUUAGCCUCGCUUGGACGGCUAAGGUGCCGGAACAAAUGUUAAAAUAGACAAACAUUAUUUUGACCAAUGUAAUCUGAAAU